AAGCCAACCAGGUGCCAUUCGGAGCAUACUUACUGUUUCUCGUUUUCUCAAGCCAAAUCUUCUGUUUUGAGUCAAAGACUUUGAUUUUCGUUAUUGUUUUUUUGCUUCAUUUCUUCGUUAGGGAGCAAUUGAGUUUCUGGGUCAUUUUCGAUGUGGAAUUGUACUUAAAUUACUAGUUCCAGCCACGAAACUCUUCUUUGUGCAUUCUUUAUUUAUUCCACUCUAAUUUUCUAUCUAUCUGUGUAUAUUCUCUCUUUUCUGACAACCUACAACUGCUGUCUAUUCCUAUUAUAAACUACAAACUCAAAACUUUUAUUACGUAUUCCUCUCUUCUUGGUUUGGAUUCUGGUUGUGAUCCUUUUCCUACUUGAUUCCAAUUACCCAAUACAGGCCUAUUCUUUAUUGUCUCUUGACUUAGACACACUCACACACUUACUAUCUUUUAUUACUUUUUUUCGCGACUUUUCUAAUCGGUUAUUCCCUUUUAUAUUUGUUAUCUCGUUUAAACACACUAUCUCUGUCAACUUCUCUCGUUUCAUUCAGUCUACUGUUGUUGACAAUUCAUCAAAAUGUCUGAAAACGCUAAUCGACAAAAUCCCAAACACAAGCAUGAGGGCUCAACCUCUUCCACCGAGAACAGCAUCACCACUUCUAUGCAAGAUACUUUCUUUGGUGAUGAUUCUGACACGAUCGGUAAAAAUACUACCUCUGUUGAGGUGAAGGGCGGCAAGUUAAAUGGUCGCCCUUCUACGGAUUCGGCCCGACAGAUGAUGUCUGAAGACCAGCGGCCUCUAAUUGAGGCAGAACUGGCUGUUAUGUCAAAAACGAACAAGUCUUUGCGACGCAAAAUGACUUCUAUGCGUCAAGCGAACGGUAAGAGACACAGUAUUUCAAGCAAACAUUCCAUUCCUGCGAGCCUUCGUAAAAGCGUCUCUACGAAAUCCAGGCCUAAUGAUGGGGCGGGCGAUCAGGAUUCUAUGGAGGCAAGCAAGGAAAUGGAGCAUAGUCUUGACAACUUUGGUAUCGUUACCUUCGGUACCGAGUCGUCCAUUAAACCACCCGAGCAUCCAGUCACUGCCCUAGGCAUGCUGUUCAGCAAUUUACAAAAGAAAAGUUUUCUCGUGCGUGGUAUGAUUUAUGUGGUUCCCCUUGGUUUAUUGCUGUUGAUUCCGAUUUUCAUCGGCCGUUGGGUCAGACUUGCUCCUAAUGACGAGAGCAACGGUAAGGAACGUCCUCCUAGCAUUGGCGGCGUUCAUCUCAUGUGGAUGGGUAUCUGGUGGGAAAUUAUUUGGUUGACUCUUUGGGCCGCUCGUUUUGCUGCAAAAUUUAUUCCCCAUAUUGUUGUGAUGAUUACUUCAUUCGUCAGUAACAAUGUGAAUAAGUGGAAAAGUAUGGCAAUUGCGCUUGAAUUUCCAUUUACUCUAGUUUUUUGGAUGUUGGCGGUAUUUGUUAGUUUCUUGCCCAUUAUGACAAAGCACCAUGUGUCCGGGAAUUCUACCAAACUCAGUUGGGAAAACACUGCUGACAACAUUCUGAUUACCAUUUUCAUUGCUUCAAUCUUGAACUUUGUUGAAAAGUUUAUUAUGCAGCUUGUCGCAAUGUCAUUUCACAAACGUCAAUACGAAACGCGUAUUGUGUUUAACAAGUUUGCCAUCAACGAAUUGGCACACCUUUACGAGUAUGCUAGAAAUUAUUCGUUUGAUUUCAGUGCAGCUAUCAGUAAAGCUCAGGAAAACGUGUUCACGUUUGCCUCAAAAGCUCAAGAGGGAAAGAAAGGGCAUUCGGCCGCGAAGCUUGCCCAAAAGGCUUUGAACAAAACUACCACGAAUGCAAGAAAUGCCCUUAACUUUGCUCAGGACUUGAUGAGUCGAGUUGCUGGCGAACUUACGAACCAAAAAAAGGAUCAUUCUGGAUCCCCUAAAAGUGUUGUACUUCACCUGUUACGCAGUACCAGAGGAUGUCAGUCAUUGGCUCGUUGUAUGUUCAACGCUUUGGUUUCCGAGGGUCACCAGGAUAUUGUUGUGGACGACUUUAUCCCUGUGUAUACGAACGAAGAAGGUGAAGUGGAUACUGAGACCUUGGAUGCCUGCUACAACAUUUUUGAUCGUGAUGGAAAUGGCGACAUUACAUGUGAGGAAAUUGAGCUUGCAUGUGUUGAAAUUGGAAAGGAACGCAAGAGUAUUGCUGCAUCUCUUCGUGACCUGAACGAUUCUAUUAGCAAGCUCGAUAAAAUCUGCAUGUUUAUAGUUACCAUUAUCAUCGUCCUUAUUUUCCUCUAUCUUAUUGCAAGAAACUUCAGUGGUGUUUUGACUUCUGCAGGAACGACUAUUCUGGGUUUGUCUUGGCUUUUCUCCGGCUCUGCCCAAGAAGUUAUUGCUUCCAUCAUUUUUGUGUUCGUUAAGCAUCCUUAUGAUGUUGGUGACCGUGUUGAUGUUCUCAUCAAUGGCACUGUAACGUCUGCACUUGUUAAGGAAAUUUCCAUUAUGUCGACAGAAUUCCGAUUGUUGACCGGAAAAAUCAUCCAAGCACCAAACAGUUUGCUGAAUACACUUUGGAUUCUUAACAUGAGAAGAAGUGGUAGUGUUGCUGACCCUGUUACUGUCACAUUAAAGUUUGGUACUACCUUGGAGCAGAUUGAGAUGCUUCGCUCCAAGUUGUCUGAUUUUUUGAUUCGUGAGAAACGCGACUUUAAACCGACUUUGUUGACCGAGCUUGUGGAUCUUCCUGACUUGUUUUCUGUACAACUGAGUAUUGUGUUCUUUCACAAGUAUAGUUUUCAAGACGAAAUCAUGCGUAUGCGUCGUCGGAACAUGUUUAUGUGUGCUUUGAUGACUUAUAUGCAAGAGUGUGGUAUUGAAUCGCCCGUUUACAAUGCACCUGGUAAGUCUAAGACCUCUCCUAUGUAUGUGCAAUACUUCAACCAUGAUGCGAGCAACAAUCCAUUCCCUACUGAGGAGAUCCCGCCAAGUGAUGCUCCAGGUGCAGCUCAAAAGCAUGGAAUUUUGCGACAACCGUCUGCGAACACUACAUCCUCCAACGAAAAUAUUACACCUUUUGAUUCUUCCAGUUUUGCAGCUCAUAAGCAUGUCGAUUUCUCCCUUGGUACCAAGCAUGUUAUGCAUGAUGUAGGGGACCUUGAAGACAUUGAAGAAGAGCCGUUGACUUACCGUGCUAAAUUACCCGAUGCUGUGAUUGGAAGUGCGGGAACUGAGGCGAUGAAACAAGAAAUUAGGGCCAGACGCGCUGCUCAAAGCGAGCCUCUCACGGAUGACGAAGACUCUUCUUCUGAUAACACUCCCUAUGUCCACCGUGAUUCUCGUUCUCAUCACAGUCGUUCGAGCUCUCGUAGACGUUCGAACUUUUCUUUCAAGCGAGACUCAGUUGAUGGCAGCGCUGUCCCUGCCGUCGGACCCUCCGCUCCUCUUCGCACAGUAACUGUGGAAGACGUACGCCGUUCUAGCGGUGUCGACUUUGAGGAUAUCCAUACUGCGCGGUAGAUGAGUUUGCACUGAAUGUCCGGUCUUUCUGAACACAAUAUGUGCACUAAGCCUGCCUAACUUUGUCCUUAUACCGCUUUCCUUUACGUACCGUUUUUGUACAUUAUCAUGUAAACACAAACAUAAUAUCAUAUACAUGCGAACUUUGCAUUAUUCGUUAUGAAUCUGAACCUUUUACGCUGCUACAUUCAUUCAUUGUAUUGGUACAAUUUAAUUUGAAAGCACGUUCUAUAAAGCUGGACCUGCAGGGGGUUGGGUUCAUUUAAUAUAGUAUUUCGACCCAGAGUCAACGCGACGUCAAGUUCAGCUGCUACAAACAGCACCGUCUAUAAACUCUAGCAGAGAAGAAUGGACGCAGAUUGUUGUUAGUUGCUUUCAUACUGCCAGUUGUUAAAUUCAUCGUACUUGGAUGAACUCCAGUAUGCAUGUCGUAAUAGGAGAAUGCCAAUAAUACUUCCUAUGGCCGUGUUAACGGAAAUGAAUAGUCCAUAUAGUUGCUUCAGGACUCCUAAAAUAAAGGAUAAGCAAUUUAAAUUUCACUAGUUCUCUGUCCUAAAAAUUCGGAAGUGUCAUUCGCUUCGUUCGUAAAAGGGGGUACAACGGGUCCUACGGAGAGAGAUGAAUACGUUUCUGUGUUCUUCCCCGUAGUUGCAGAAGCAGCCGAACUAAUGAACUUAUUGCUCUUCUCAGAAUUGCUAUCGCGAGGAUUCGAGGAGUAAGAGUGCGUACCACAACAAGGUUGGUUAAAUAAAAUCGUCGAGAGAUACUGUUGGUGAGACAGAUUUUGCGCAUUAAGGCCCUCGAGCAUCCACAUGAAUAAAAUUCCGAAAGCAGGAAGACCCAACACAUCCAAAAUUCCAUACACUGCAGCUUCACCAACAGGAGGGUUCAUAUUACCGCCCUCACAAAAAGCCCAAUUCACAAGAAUUAGAAGCUUAAUGAAUGAAAUGUACACGCACAACCAGCGGAAAUAACGGCGAGUAGGUUGCUUCAAUUUCGAAGCAUACAAGCGGCAACCCAAGUAAAGCUUCCAAAGCAGAUGGAAGUAUGCAAGCACAGAAAAGAUAUAGUAACCCCAUUUAUACGAAGACGGCACCAUAGAACCAGAAAGAAGUCCAAUCACGAACACCCAAACGGAGAAUACUGAAGUAAUCAAAAGACUGAGAGGAACUCGAGCGAUACUAAGGAGUGAAAUCAACUCGAUUGGAGAUACGAGAAACCAUUGAAUGUAACGCAC